AAACAACUGUAUUCAGACAGAAAGUGUGCCCUUACCAUGGCUAAAAGCACUCAAAUUAUAGACUGUGGCAAGCAAUGAAAAGUUCUGUGGUUGAGAAACUGAGAUUCUGUGGACAGCCUAGGAAUUUGCUUGAGAUUAAACAUUGCUUCAACUAAGUUAUUUAUUCCACUGCUGCCCUUCCUUUCCAUUUGACACUUGUUUUGAGAAACGAUAAGAAAGGUGAAAAAUGUCUCUCUGUAAGAGGCGUUUUCUUUGGGGCUGGUCCUUUUUCUAAGGUAGAUGUUUCCGUGAUGAAGGCAGUACCCAAAACUGCGAAGCAGGGAGAUGGGAAGCACCUGGUCGCAGUCCUUGCAAACAAACUGGUGAAUCUAGUUAGUUUCAAGCAGCCCUGUUUGCAGUUUUUUUUUUCCCUAAACAUUUUAGUAGUCAUGCUUAAGUGUUCUAGCUACGUCACUGUCCAAAAGUCUAGCUUCCAACAUCCACCAGCAUAGUAGCAAAGAUUUAUCGACAACACCCCAAGGUGGCGGUAAAGCGCUACUGAGGAACGUCAGGUCUGAGCAGGCUUGGGAUCCCACCGCCUCUUGAAAAACUCCACGACAACCCAGAAGGACCAAUGAAAGAAGCUGGAAGUAUCUCUACACCUUGGAGACCCACAGCGGACUGCGCGUCCCACAUUAGGUGAAGCCACUUCUCGGUCUCCAGCUUCCGAGCCUCCACUUGGGUGCGUCGUGGGGAGGUUAGCGGUUAAGACUUGAAACCACUUAAGCGGAGAAACGAAUCCUGAGGUUUGACAGAAGGAAACCAAGAACGCACUUUCCACCUCCUACCCUGUCGUCCAAAGGUCUCUUUUAGGGAGGUUUGUGAUUUGUUCAAGGCGCCCACAGGCUCAACCAUCGUGCACCGGAGUAUCGCUUCCUCUCCGCUCCGAAAAGGGCCGGUUUCCCGGCGUCCUCUGGGCGGACGUUGAAGCUAGGGCUGCUCUGGCCGGCAACCGGCGUCUCAAUGGUGCCGACCCAGGGGUGGGGCCGCUACGCGCUGCAGCUGCGAGAACUGAGGCCUCUUCAGGCCCACUGCUGACCCGUUCCUCCUAAGAAGAGAAUUUCCGCCUUUUCUUGGAGAUGCUCCUGCUGCCUGCCUCUUUUGGAUCACUACCUGUUUCCUCCUUGGACGAAGAUUUCUUCCUUUUGGGAAGACUUGUGCUGCCAGCUGCCUCUGCAAGAAAAUUGCUAUUUUUCAUCCUUUAGUAAAGUUGGGUAGUUUUCUUCAUAUACAUUUCCUGUUUAGUUUAUUCCUUGAUAUUUGGACUUGUUUUUAUUGUAAAUAUUUAUGUUCCCAUUAUUUCUUAUGAUUAUUUCUGGCCUAUUGAAAAUCAUUUUAGUAUUUAUCUUGAAUUUUCCAUGUUUUUUCAACUUAUAUUCCAACAGUUUUUAAUUGGUCCUCCUGGAGGGCAGUCAUUUCACCUGCAAACUAAUGUAAUUAUCUUUUUUUCUGAUAAUGUAAUAAUGUUUUUUUUUCUUAUCCCCCCCAUUGCCUUGAUUAAAGUUGCCAGAACAGUGUUAUAACAGCUAUGCUGUUUUUAACUUUUAAGGUAAUAUUUCUAGUUUUUCAUCAUUUUGGUUUCUAAACUAAGUGGUCUUAACAUUUUUGGUAAACCAGCAGUUCUCAAUGUUUAGUGAACAUAGAAAUUAUCUAGAAUACAUACUUGCUUAAAAUGCAAAUUCCCAGGAAUGGAUGUUAAAUUUUACUGAAUGCCUUUCAAUUAACCAUAUAUAAUACCUUGUACAUUACAGGUACAGUAUAUGAUAAUUUUUCAUUUGUUGAUUCAACAAAUAUUUAGCACCUAGUAUAGGCUGAGGAUAUGGAGGUAAACAAAGUAGACAGAGUCCUUAUUCUCUCUUUUCUUUUCAGAAAUAAUUUUACUGCAUAAACACUUGAAAGACAAGUCUUUUGAGUCCAAAGAGAUUCAGAACAUCUAUUUUUCAACCCCGUCGUCCCCUAAAAUCAUACACAGGUGUUAUAAAUUCUAAGGGUACUAGAAAUGAAAACAAGAAUAUACUGUUUGUUCCUAAUGGCUUUUAGUAUAUAUUAACAUAUUGUUUAUGAUGGCAUCUGAGACUGAGAAGACUCAUGCUUUAUUGCAGUCUUGUAGCACUGAGUCUCUUAUUUCUAGCCUUGGUCUGGGGAUAUUUUGCUUAGUAGCUGACAAACUUCUUCAGUUUUCCAUAAUCCAACAAAAUGACUGGCUUCGUGCCCUCUCAGAUAAUGCAGUACAUUGUGUGAUUGGCAUGUGGUCAUGGGCAAUAGUCAUUGGAAUCAAGAAGAAGACUGACUUUGGAGAAAUCAUUUUGGCUGGAUUUUUAGCCUCUGUUAUUGAUGUGGACCACUUUCUUCUAGCUAGAUCUCUGUCUUUAAAGGCAGCUUUGAGUCUUCCACAAAGACCUUUCUUUCACUGCUCUACUGUGAUACCCGUUGUGGUUCUGAUCCUGAAGCUUACUAUGCACCUUUUCAAGCUCAAAGAUUCAUGGUGUUUUCUUCCUUGGAUGUUAUUCAUAUCCUGGACGUCGCACCAUAUUCGAGAUGGAAUUCGUCACGGCCUGUGGAUGUGCCCUUUUGGAAAAACUUCUCCUUUGCCAUUCUGGCUUUAUGUGAUAACCACAUCAUCUUUACCUCAUAUCUGUUCAUUUGCUAUGUAUUUAACAGGGACCAGACAAGUGAUGUCUUCAAAACAUGGAAUUCAUAUUGAUGUCUGAUGUAACUACAUGGCUCAUAGAGAAGUAAAUGGUUCAGAUGAUGAUAAUGAAGGGUUGCCAACAUUAAAGUGAAUUUUUAAAACACA